AUGGCUAAACCAAAUAAUAUUAAAAUUAAAAAUAAAAAUAAAUUAAAUAAAAGUAAUGAAUCUCAAAAUGAUUAUUUAAAUAAAAAGAAACAACAAGUAAAAAAAACAGGGCAAAAUAAAAUAAUAGACAAUGAUGUUUUACAAAAGAAUUUAAAAGAAAAGAAGUUAGAAGAAAAGAAAAAGAAAUUAGAAAAGCGUCAAAAUACAAUUGUAAUUAAAGAUAAAUUAAAAGAACCAGCCAAUCACUUUAGAGAGGAUGAAUCAUUUUUUGACCAAGAUAUUUUCAAUGACAAUUCUAAAUCAAUAUCAAAAUAUGAUAAAAUCAAUUUAAAUGAAAAUUACGAAUCAUCAUUAUUCAACGAUAUGAUUGAUGAGUUCAAUGGUGAAGAUUUAGAUAUAUUAGAUUUUAACGAUAAUGUCAUAAACGAAAACGAAUUUGAACAAUUUAAUUCCGAAGAUGAAGAGUUUUAUAGUAAACAGGAAGACAAUGAAAAUGAAGAGGAAGAGGGUGAAGAGGAGGUAAAGAAAUCAAAGAAAUCAAAGGAUAAAAAAGAAAUAUCACCAAAAGAAAAGAAAGAAGAUUUCAGUUUCCCAAUGGAUGAAAUUCAAGAGAAAGAUGAAGAAGAGGAGGGUGGUAAAAAGAAAAAGAAAUCAGGUGGUUUCCAAUCGAUGGGUUUAAAUAAAUUAUUAUUAAGAUCUAUUUUAAAGAAGGGCUUCAAUGUACCAACACCAAUUCAAAGAAGAACCAUUCCAUUGAUUUUAGAAGGAAAUGAUGUUGUUGGUAUGGCUAGAACUGGUUCAGGUAAAACUGGUGCAUUCGUUAUUCCAAUGGUUCAAAUGUUACAAGAGCAUAGUACAGUAGUUGGUGUUAGAUCAGUUAUUUUAUCUCCAACUCGUGAACUUGCAAUUCAAACAUUCAAAGUAGUUAAAGAUUUUACACAAGGUACCAAUCUCCGUACCAUUUUAAUUGUUGGUGGUGACUCAAUGGAAGAGCAAUACGAUGAUUUAGCACGUAAUCCAGAUAUUAUUAUAGCCACACCAGGUCGUCUUAUGCAUCAUCUUCAAGAAACUGGUAUGAGUCUUUCAAAGGUCAAAUAUAUAGUAUUCGAUGAAGCUGAUCGUUUAUUUGAAAUGGGUUUCAACGAACAAUUAACCGAAAUUCUUAGUAAGCUUUCCGAAAAUCGUCAAACCUUACUCUUUUCAGCCACUUUACCAUCAUUAUUGGUUGAGUUUGUUAGAGCCGGUUUAAACAAUCCAAAAUUAGUCCGUUUAGAUACCGAUACAAAGAUUAGUGAAAAUUUAGCUCUUUCUUUCUUUACAGUCCGUCACGAUGAAAAGCUUGGUGUCCUCUUAUAUUUAUUAAAGGAUAUUAUUUUUGCAGAUAGAACCAAAAAAUCACCAACUAUUAUUUUCACAGCCACAAAAUAUCAUGUAGAAUUUAUUCAUAUACUUUUAGAACGUACUGGUAUCACAUCAACUUAUAUUCAUGGUUAUUUAGAUCCAGUUGCAAGAAAAAUCAAUUUAGCAAAAUUCCGUACCAACCAAGUUUCAAUCUUAAUUGUAACUGAUUUGGCUGCUCGUGGUAUUGAUAUUCCAUUAUUAGAUAAUGUAAUUAAUUUCGAUUUCCCACCAAAAGAAAAGAUCUUCGUUCAUCGUGUAGGUCGUGUUGCUAGAGCUGGAAAGAAAGGUAUCGCAUAUUCGUUAGUAUCACCAGAUGAAGUACCAUACAUGAUAGAUUUACAUUUAUAUUUAGGUAGAAAGUUUUUAAAUAAAUUCGAAUUUGAAGGUCAAACUGUCGAGGAUCCAAAAUAUUCAUUCUAUGGUACCAUUCCACAAUAUCUCAUUGAUGCCGAAACCGAGUAUGUUAAUAUUCAAAAGAAAGAGUGUGUAGAGCUUUUAUCACUUACAAGAACUAUAGAAAAUGCCCAUAAAAAAUAUAUUUCAAUGCGUCCAGGUGCCUCCCAUGAAUCAAAUAAUCGUGCUAAAGCAUUGAACAAGACUGGUUUCCACCCAAUCCUUUCAGGCAAAAUUUCAGAUAACGAUAAUAUUAAAAUGGAUUUCAUUCAACAAUUAAAAUCAUUUAGACCACCACAAACUGUUUUAGAAAUGGAUGCAAGAAAGAACAACACUCAAGUUGCAGUUAUGAAGGAAAAGAGAAAGAUGCAUAAUGUAGCAAUCGAAUCACAACAAAAGAAAGUAUUAUUAGAAACCAGCGAAACUAAUUUAGGUCCAGAUAAUCAAGAGUUUGAUUAUAAUAAGAAGCACAGCAAAAGAAAGGAUAUUGACGGUGAUGAUAUUACUGAAGACAUGUUAAAGAAUGAAAAUAAAAUAAAUCAUAAUGUUAAAAAACCAAUUCAAGAAGAGGACGAAGAAGAGGACGAAAUGGAUCAAGAAGAGGACGAAGAUGAUAACAAUAAUAAAUAUAAUGUUAAUAUUGAAGAAUCAGUUACCACCAAUAAACCAACCAACAGUAAAAAGAAAACUAGAUCAUCAUCAAGAGAUUUAAAUUUCUUUAUUUCAAACACACCAGAAAACUUACACGAGGAAAGAGCUUUAUCAAUUACAAAUAGAUUUACCAAAGAUGUCGAAGUUAAUCUUAAUCCAGAUGGUGAAAGAAAACAAAAGAAAUCAAUGGUAUGGGAUAAAAGAAAAGGUAAAUUCGUCAGCUCAUCUGCUGAACAAGAUAGAAAGAACGCUAAAAAACUUGUACGUAAUGAAGCUGGUGUUUUAGUAGAAGCCAAAAAGAAUCAUAAAGGUUAUGAAGAAUGGAAAAAGAAAACUCGUUCAAGAAUUCAAAAAGUUGGUGAAGAUGAAAAUGAAAAAUAUCAACCACAUAAAAAAGAUUUUGUUCCUAUGAAAUGGAGAGGUCAAGAUAAACAAAAAACCAAACAAGAAAGCGAAAAGAAUGACAAGAAGAAACCAUUUAGAGAUGAAAUUAAAGAUAAACGUUCUAUUAUGAGAGGCCGUGAUGAAAAAGAAAGAAAGAUGAAGGUAAAUAAAUCAAGAGGUAAACCAGGUGCUAAAGGAAAAGGUGGUGGCAAAGGAAAAGGUGGCGGCGGCGGCGGUAAAGGCAAAGGUGGAAAAGGCAGAAAAUAA